GUGGUACCACGCCAACCUGAGCCGUGCCCAGGCCGAGCACAUGCUGAUGCGGGUGCCCCGCGACGGAGCCUUCCUGGUGCGCAAGAGGAGCGAGCCCAGCUCCUACGCCAUCUCCUUCCGGGCGGAGGGGAAGAUCAAGCACUGCCGGGUGCAGCAGGAGGGGCAGACUGUGCUGCUGGGUAACUCCGAGUUCGAGAGCCUGGUGGAUCUCAUCAGCUACUACGAGAAGCACCCGCUGUACCGCAAGAUGAAGCUGAGGUACCCCAUCAACGAGGAGACCCUGGAGAAGAUAGGGACAGCGGAGCCAGACUAUGGAGCCCUUUAUGAAGGACGUCACCCCGGGUUCUACGUGGAGGCCAACCCCAUGCCCACCUUCAAGUGUGCAGUCAAAGCCCUGUUUGACUACAAGGCACAGCGGGAGGACGAGCUCACCUUCACCAAAAAUGCCAUCAUCCAGAACGUGGAGAAGCAGGAAGGAGGCUGGUGGAGAGGGGAUUAUGGUGGCAAGAAGCAGCUGUGGUUCCCUUCCAACUACGUGGAGGAGAUGAUUGGUCCCAGCAGCCUGGAGCCAGAGCGGGAGCAGCUGGAUGAGAACAGCCCCCUGGGAGACCUGCUUGGAGGUGUCCUGGACGUCCCCUCCUGCCAGAUUGCCAUCCGCCCCGAGGGGAAGAACAGCCGCCUCUUCGUCUUCUCCAUCAGCAGGGCCGCGGGGUCACGCCUCUCCCUCGACGUGGCGGCUGACACGCACGAGGACCUGCUGGACUGGGUCAAGAAGAUCCGAGAGGCCGCCCAGACGGCGGAUGCUCGGCUCUCCGAAGGGAAGAUGAUGGAGAGGAGGAAGAAGAUCGCCCUGGAGCUUUCAGAACUGGUGGUCUACUGCAGACCCGUGCCCUUCGAUGAAGAGAAGAUUGGCACAGAGAGGGCCUGUUACAGGGACAUGUCGUCCUUCCCUGAGACCAAGGCUGAGAAGUAUGUCAACAAGGUGAAAGGGAAGAAGUUCCUGCAGUACAACCGCCUGCAGCUCUCCCGCAUCUACCCCAAGGGCCAGCGCCUCGACUCCUCCAACUACGAC